UGGGAUGCUGGAGAACGCGGGUGGCCGGGAAACCCGACGACGGCCGCCCGAAGACGGUUGCGGCGAAGGAUGCUGGGAAAGCAAGUGUACGGCCAUCGCCCGCCAGGGAAGGAAAACGCCGCCAACGGAGGCCAGAUGCCGAAGACGUCGGCUCAUUUCUUCGCUAACUUCGUGCGGAAGAACAACGUCCGUUGGCUGGCGUCCGUUGCGUCGAGUGUGGCUUCACCCCCUAGUGACCCGCGUGUGUGCGUGUGUGUGUGUGAGUGUGCGUGCGUGCGUUCGUGCGUGUGCAUGUGCGUGGGUGUGUGCAGUGCGUGUGCGCUUACAUGUGCGUCGCGUUCGUGUCCGUGCGUUUGCCGCCCGUGCGUGUGUGUGCGGAGUGCUUCCACCACUUCGAACCCGUUCGGCCGGGAGGGACGGUGCUUUUUUGAGGCUCGAUCGGUAUUACAUUUAAAAUUCAAAAAGAAGAAAAAUCUUCAAAACGAAAGUUUUAUCAUAAAGCGCCAUUUCUGGUUGCAAAAAAAAAAUGUCUCAUGAAAGAAUCCACACUAGAUCGAGCGAAAUAGUUAACAACUGCACGUAAAAGAAAGAUAAAACAAGGUGAAAAGAAAACGUGAAAAUAACACUUCAAUUUAUCGCACCACAAUAUCCCGCCCAGGAGUGGAAAACCGAAGUGGAAGGCACUCACGCACAACCACAAACAGCGGCAAAUGCUAAGAAAACAAAACAGAACCAAAAAUACAUAAAAAGUUAGUAGUAAAAGUAUAAAAUUGGCAGUAAACAUAAGAGAAAAAAAUACACACACACAAUUAGGACCAAAUAGCAAGAGCACGCCGACACAGCAAGCCACGCGCUCGAUCAGUCACAUUAUUCCGUAAACCGCACAACGCACCGUGCACUGAAGCAAAAGUAAAAAAAAAAAAAAUCACGAGAGCAGCAACCAAACAAAAUUGAUUGAUUCGAAAAGCAAAGAAAAUCAAAGGAGCAGAAGAAGAAAAAGAAGAUAAAGAAGAAAAAACAUAAGAGAGAAGAAGAAAAAGAAGAAAAAAAGCCAAAAAGAGAGGAAGAGUAAAAAAAAAAGCCAAAAUCAAACGCAGAACCUAAACCAAAGCAAACCAAAAAAAAAAAGAAAAAAAGAAAAGAGAAAACAGAAAAAAACACACACAAAAAAGCAUGUUCUCGAUUGAAUCCAUUUUAAAGUCUCAAAUCUCACAGAGAGUCAGAAUGCAGAUACAGCACGUCCGGGACCUGUGCGCGGUGCCAGGGGCGGCGGCCGAGCUCAACUGCACCGGCGAUAUCCUGUCGGUCCAGAACCUGCUGCCACAGCUAGCGGCGCCAGAAAACAAACCGCACCAGUGUCAGCAGUGCUUGAAGAGCUUUUCCUCCAACCACCAGCUGGUGCAGCACAUCCGCGUGCACACGGGCGAGAAGCCCUACAAAUGUUCCUACUGUGAUCGGAAGUUCAAGCAGCUUUCCCACGUGCAGCAGCACACGCGCCUGCAUACCGGCGAGCGCCCCUACAAGUGCCAUCUGCCGGACUGUGGUCGCGCUUUCAUACAGCUUUCUAACUUGCAACAGCAUCUGCGCAACCACGAUGCCCAGGUUGAGCGCGCCAAGAGUCGCCCGUUCCACUGCAAUCUCUGCGGCAAGGGCUUUGCGACCGAGUCCAGCUUACGGACGCACACCUCCAAGGAGUUGCAGCUUCAUUUGGGCGUACUGCAACAACACGCCGCCCUUAUCAGCAACUCCAACAGCGUCACCUGCAAUGUCUGCAGCAAGAUUUUCCUCGGCGUCGAGGCGCUGAACGAGCACAUCAAGUAUACGCACAAGGAGGUUGCUGUGAAACGCCGGGUGGCGAACCAUCCGUGUCCGAUGUGCGGGAAGCACUACGUCAACGAGGGCUGCCUGCGGAAGCAUCUGCUGACGCACCCGCGCACCCCAUCCUUCCGCUCGAACCUGCAGAUGUGGCCGUGCUCGGUGUGCCAGGCCGUGUUCACGCACGAGUCGGGACUCAUCACGCACAUCGAGCACAUGAAGAUGGACCCGAAGCAUCAGUUCGCCGCGCAGUACAUGUUCACGAAGGCGGUGGUGGAGCAGCGGGAAAAGGAAUCGGCCGGCGGGGUGGGCGGUAUGGUGGGCAUGGUGUCCGGGCUUACCAAUCCGAUGGUGACGGUGAAGGAGCUGACGCACAACAGCAUUUCGCCGCUCAACUACUCGGAAAACUCCUCGACCAUGGGCUCGGAGAAGAAUGGUGAUAGUACCGGCGCCAGCGGUGGUGGCGGCGGCGGCGGAUCCGGCGGAACGUCCGGCGGGGGCGGAGGAGGUGGCUCGGGCGGAACGGGUGGCACGGGUGGUGGUGGUGGGGCGUCGAUAUUCGAUGGCCACCGUCUGCCCAACACGCACGGCUUGUCGUUCGGUGGCGUCGUCGGCGGUAACGGAAGCAAUGGCGGCAACGGCAUCCUCGGGAGUGGCACGAACGGUGGCAGUGGAGCGAGUGGCGUCAGCGGCAUUUGCGGAGGCGGUGGCGGCGGUGGCGGUAACGCGAUGGAGAACAACAAUAGUCAAUUUUCGCGCAUGAUGAUGAUCCAGGAGCCGAAGUUCGAGCCGGACCUGAUGCUGCCGGCGGACGGGACGCCGUCGGCGGUGCAGGCGGCCGUGGUGAACCUGGCGACCGCGAUGCGCAUCGGCCAGUCGUUCAAGCACAACUCGCUCCACCACCACCACCACGGUAACAGCAGCACGAACCUCGGUCCGUUGAAGAAGAAAAGUAAUAUGCUCACAUUUAACGACUCGAAAUACUCACUAGCUAACCGAGCGAAAUUUCCCGUUCCGCCGUCCGCAGAGUCGUCGCUCGGGCCGAACCACUGCCCGGCGGCCAGCUCCGAGACGGCGAUCCGGAUCCAGCAGGCGGAGGCGAUCCUGCGCUCCCAGGCCGAGGCGGCCCUCCGGCUCGCCGUGUCCCAGGCCCAGGCGGUCGUCUCGUCGAACGCGUGCAUCGGCAGCAUGGGCGGGUCCGGUGGCGGGGCGGGAUCGGUCGGCGGUGGAGCGGGCGGGGGCGGCGGUCUACCGCUCGGCAGCAUGCUCGGCGGGCACCACAACCCGCACGGGCUCGGCGGUCACGGCGGUCGGUGCGGUGGUGACGACUCGACGCGCCCCGGUGCCGACUCUUCCUGCGUUCAGUUCGACCCGACCGGCGAACAUUUGCGCGCGGCCAUGCGCGAACACCAGCAACACCAGCAGCAGCAGCAGCAGCAGCAGCAAGCCAACGACGAGUGCCAUCCAUUCGCCCACAGUCCGGGGCCGCGCAACGGGCUCGACCUCACCGACGACUUCCUCAAGAGUGAAAACGUGCUGAAGGGAUGAGACUAGACCCGGCGGCCCGAAACACCCACACCGCUACACCAGCCCGCCGAUGGGGGCCGGCUGGGGGGCGGCAGGGGAGCCGUCCAGCCGUGGUGGUA